AUGUUUGAUACAAAUGACAAAUCACGGUUGGGUCAGUCGAGUGUUUGGAUGUCGGAAGGACCAUUUAGACCACGAGAAAAGCUUUUUGAGAAGCAAAAAUAUUUCCAGAAUAUCCACAGGCAUACAUACUUGAAGGGACCCAUGGAUAAGAUUACAUCUGUGGCCAUACCUCUGGCUUUGGCUGCAUCAUCACUUUAUCUGAUUGGACGAGGGAUCUAUAAUAUGUCACAUGGAAUUGGAAAGAAAGAAUGA